AUGGGUCCAGAAGCUCUACUGGUCAUAGACAAAGGCGCCUAUCACAGCGACCCGCCUGAACUUGUUCCUUAUACUGGUCGGGGUGAGAGUCAACGGCACAUCGUCAACGCCGAUGGUUUCACAGGCAGUGGUGUUUUCGCAGAGUUCCGCGAGUGUCACGGAAAUCCAUUCGUUAAUCCAAGACUCGACGAUCCGGUCAUCAGCAGCCUCAUCCAGUUCAUAUUCAUCAUCCGUGAUAUGAGGCGCUAUUACUACUAUAACCAGGCUGAUGACGUGCCAAGCUCAGUUCACCUUGCUACCCUUACUCAAGCUCUACACGUGGCCACGAUAAGGGCGAGGCUCGCUAUGCGCGGACCAGUGCCACAACCGAGAGGCGGAGAGGCGCAAGGGAUGCAACAGUUACAAGUAACAAUAGAGCCAUUGCUGAGAACCAAGCGAGUUGUUUUGGUCCCUGCCAGCAGGGUUGCUUCCAACAGGACCAUCACCAACGGAGAUACAGCCAAUGUAGUCACCACGAACGGAGUCACAGCCAACGGGUUCACCACCAACGGUGCCAUGACCAUCGGAGCUAGAGCCAACUCUGAAGCUUCGAGUCAUGCUACGGACGAUCGAAGUUACAGUUAG